UCUUGUUAUCGGAUGACAACAAACCACCGCGUUCUCGGCAGAAGGACGUUACGAGCCGAGUUCAAUUUAAAAUGGAAGGAUUUAUUUAUAUAUAUAUUUGUAGAAUAAAAGGAGCACAAUGAGCUGCUUUGCAUUGCUACGAUUGUACCCUGGAGACCAUCACAGACUCCUGUUUGUAUACAACACCAUUGCUCUUCGACUGCUCAGUUCUAGGCCACGACCUGGACGUGGCUUGAGAGAAAGUCUGCGCCUGCUGCAGCUGCCUGAGGAUGAAGUCAGCAGCAAUGUAGUGGUCAAAGAAGCCUACUUGCGCAUGGCCAAACUGUACCACCCAGACUCUGGAGCCCCCACUGCUGAUGCUGCUUUAUUCUCUCAAAUUAAGGAAGCUUACAAAGUUGUACUCACCCACCUGGCACAGCAAAACUCUCUAUGUCAGAACACUCAGGAAGAGGAAGAGGAGGAGAAGGUUAAAGGUCAUACACCACAGCACAGACACUACCUCAGCUACGAAGGUGUAGGCUCUGGAACACCCAGUCAACGUGAACGACAGUAUCGGCAGUUUCGGGUGGACAAAGCCACAGAUCAGGUGCUGGAGUAUCGCUACAAAGUCAUGGAGAAAGCAGCAGCAGAAGAAGGAGCCAUGGUUUUGAGAGAUGCACGUUUGCGUAGCAAGAAGAUCCUGAUAACACAGGCUGUGGAGAGGCUGGUUGAGGAUCUUAUCCAGGAGUCGAUGGCCCGUGGUGACUUCCGCAACCUAAGUGGUGCCGGCAAACCACUAAGCAAGUUUGAGCACAACCCCUAUGCUGAUCCCAUGACCUACAACCUCAACCGCAUCCUCAUUGAUAACGGCUACCAACCUGAGUGGAUAGUGGCCAAGAAGGAGAUUAGAGACACAGUUGAGAAGAUGCGCAAGAAGCUACAGGAAGUCCGGGCUCGAUUAGGAUGCCCAAUGAAACACUCCGAGCGGAUUCAGUGGAAAGAACACUGUGCUAAUUUCUCUGAGGAACUGGCCAAGCUCAACAAAAAAGUGGAUGAUUUCAACUUGAUUGUGCCUCUGAUGAGUUGGCAGAUGGUUCAUUUUAAUAUAAACAGAGAGAUUGAGAAAGUACUGAAAGCUGAUGAACAACAUAGAGAGGAGAAGGCAUUAGAGAAAGAGAGGAAGCUCCUGGAAGAAAAGGAGAAUGCGGUCGCCUCUCAGCAGAAUUUUAGACAAGCACUUAUUAUGUGGAUGCAGAGUCUGCUUAAAUAAAACUCAUUCUGUAUAAUA